AUGACGAUCCACAUCUGUCCACGGUGUGCCAUUGACUGUCGCACAGCAACAGGACUGGCAUAUCACGAGCAAGCCCGCAUGAGACUUGGAGCCUGCCUCGAUCUCCCUCCACUGCCCAGCGACGAGUGCGAAAUGGUCCUCUGCCGAGCUUGCAGAGCCCCGUUCAAGAUUGAUCCUGCCUUUGCAGCUCACGAACGAGUUCGCAUGGAGAAUGGCGGAAUCUGCGGAACGCCGGUACAGGUACAGGCACGGAUGGAAGCGGGCUGGAACGGUGGCAGAGUUGGAAGUGGUGGCAGACUUGAGAGUGGUGGCAGACCUGCGGGCGGUGGCCGACUUGAGGGUGGUAACAGACUUGAGAGCGGUAACAGAUUUGAGAGUGGUGGCAGACCUGAGAGCGGUAACAGACUUGAGAGCGGCAGCAGACCUGACAGCAACAUUCGAGCCGAAGCCCUAGCUGUUCCCAAGAAGGAACCAGACAUGGCCGAUAUUCCCCAAACCAUUCCCGCCUUCGCAGCACGGGACCAAGCUCGCGUCCAGAGCGACGGAAACUACAAACUGGCAGCAGCACAGGCAAAGCCCGAAGCAGACAACAAACCUGACAGCGAUAUUCCAACCCAAGGCCCCGUCGCCCCCAAGAAGGAGGAGAAGCAACCCGACAUUACAGAAGUUCCACCGGGCGAAGAAGGCAUGUGGAGGAUUGUUCCCGAGACUGGUAAGCGAUUUCUGUCGUCCAUCUCGGGCAAGCCCGUUCUCGAUGAGAAAUCUCGCGAUUAUGUGCUGAAUUUUGCGAAGAAAUACGAGCCCAGCAGAGUGGGUCCUGAUGGGAAACUUCUCUAG